GCGGCAGGCGCGGGAGCCCGGCAGGCGCGCGAGCCAGCGCAGCCUCCUUGGAGAUCCCGGCCGCCGCGCGGGUCCAGCGGCCAGACAGGGGCCGGGCGCGCGGCUGGGUGGAACGGGACACAGCGCUCCGGGGCCGCCACGGGUGGGGGGAUGCGGCUGCCUCCCCGGGCCAGCGUGUAGAGAGGGCGGGUCCCCGGCCUCGGGAGCUCGGUGGUGCAGGGGACUGAGGCGGCGGCCAUGGCGACCCCCGGCAACCUGGGGUCCUCCGUCUUAGCGAGCAAGACCAAGACCAAGAAGAAGCACUUCGUAGCGCAGAAAGUGAAGCUCUUUCGGGCCAGCGAUCCGCUGCUCAGCGUCCUGAUGUGGGGGGUAAACCACUCGAUCAAUGAAUUGAGCCACGUUCAAAUCCCUGUUAUGUUGAUGCCAGAUGACUUCAAAGCCUAUUCAAAGAUAAAGGUGGACAAUCACCUUUUUAACAAAGAAAACAUGCCGAGCCAUUUCAAGUUUAAGGAAUACUGCCCAAUGGUUUUUCGUAACCUGCGGGAGAGGUUUGGAAUCGAUGAUCAAGAUUUCCAGAACUCCUUGACCAGGAGCGCACCCCUCCCCAAUGACUCCCAGGCACGCAGCGGCGCUCGAUUCCACACUUCCUACGACAAAAGAUAUAUCAUCAAGACCAUCACGAGUGAAGAUGUGGCUGAAAUGCACAACAUCCUAAAGAAAUACCACCAGUAUAUAGUGGAGUGUCAUGGGGUCACUCUUCUCCCCCAGUUCUUGGGCAUGUACCGGCUUAAUGUUGAUGGAGUUGAAAUAUAUGUGAUUGUUACAAGAAAUGUCUUCAGCCACCGGUUAUCUGUAUAUAGGAAAUAUGACCUAAAGGGCUCUACUGUGGCUAGAGAAGCUAGUGACAAAGAAAAGGCCAAAGAACUGCCAACUUUAAAAGAUAAUGAUUUCAUCAAUGAGGGCCAAAAGAUUUAUAUUGAUGACAACAAGAAGAAGGUGUUCCUGGAAAAACUGAAGAAGGAUGUGGAGUUUCUGGCCCAGCUGAAGCUCAUGGACUACAGCCUGCUGGUGGGAAUCCACGACGUGGAGAGGGCGGAGCAGGAAGAGGUGGAGUGUGACGAGGACGGAGAGGACGAGGGGGAGAGUGAUGGCACCCACCCUGUGGGGACCCCCCCGGACAGUCCUGGAAAUACACUGAACAGCUCACCACCCUUGGCUCCAGGGGAGUUCGAUCCCAGCAUUGAUGUUUAUGGAAUUAAAUGCCAUGAAAACUCGCCUAGGAAAGAGGUGUACUUUAUGGCAAUUAUUGACAUUCUGACUCAUUAUGAUGCAAAAAAGAAAGCUGCCCAUGCUGCAAAAACUGUUAAACAUGGCGCUGGUGCGGAGAUCUCAACCGUGAACCCGGAACAGUAUUCAAAGCGCUUUUUGGACUUUAUUGGCCACAUCUUGACGUAACCUCUUACACAGCCUUGGACAGACACAGGCGUGGGAAGGACAGAGGUGGCUUCGGUGGAAGAAAAAUGAAAACCAAACUCAGUGGAGCACACCUCCUCGUUUACAUCUUCAGGCCAAGAUGACUGAUUUGGGGGCUACUUGCUUUAACAGCUACCUGAUAUUUCCCAGCACCGUUCUUAGCUAUUUCUGAUUUUGUGUGUGUGUGUGAGUGCGUGCACGCACGUGCGAAUCUUAAAAAGUAAUUAAUUAAUUAAUUAAUGAAAACUGAUCAGCUUC